CAAUAGCCAUCAACGCUCUGCGGCCAACAAGUGCCAACUAUUCCAUACUGUAAACAUGAAUGAAAUCUCAGGCUUCGAUGCUUAUGGUGAUAGAGGGUAUCCAAGCACAGACCCCAACUCUUAUCGAUACCCGGAAGCUCUCCAUUCCGGCGCCUCACACGCGUCAACACUUGUUUGGCACGACGAUCUCAUACAUACAUAGCACUCAAUAUCAAGUUCCUUCCUUUACGACAUUGUUUUUCCUCCACUACCCAUCACAGGGCGUUCACUCCAGAUAGCCCUCUAGAUAUCCACAUGCACAGCACGCGCUGAGAUCUCAGCUAGAAACAACGCUCACAGCAGACAUCACCCUCAGGGUCGAGACCUCGUAGUCUU